CCCGGGCUACUGGUGUCUGUCCCCUGCAGCCGGCCGGAGCUGCGAGAGCCCAGCCGGGCCUGGCUCCGGCGGCGGCCGCGGCUCCUUCUUGCUCCCCUCGACCGGGGCGUCCUCGGCGGCAGUGCCGGGGGUGGCUCAGGGCAGCUCAGGAGGAACACCCCCUCUACAGCGACUAACACGGCAGGAGAACACCCCGAUUCCACCGUGAGGCAGUUACCGCGCAGUGGUCCCCAGCUCACGCUCUGGCGGCAUAUUGGGAACACUCUGCUGGUCCAGGCAGGCGACAUGCCAGUGCUUUUAGCGAUGUCCCUGCCUCUGACUCAGAAGCCAUGGAGGAGAUAAGGUAGCCCCCGUCCCUGGGUCGGAUCGGAUGGGGAAGCCCAGUUCAAUGGAUGCAAAAUACAAGGAUGACUUAUUUCGGAAGUACGUGCAGUUCCAUGAAGGCAAAGUGGACCCCACCCCCAGCAAGCAGCGGCCUGGCAGUGAUGAGUCCCUGCGGGUGGCAGCCUCGACCCUGCUCAGCCUGCACAAGGUGGAUCCCUUUUAUCGAUUCCGGCUGAUCCAGUUCUAUGAGGUGGUGGAGAGCUCCCUGCGCUCCCUGAGCUCCUCCAGUCUGCGGGCUCUGCACUGUGCCUUCAGUGUGCUCGAAACGGUGGGUGUCAACCUUUUCCUCUACCCGUGGAAGAAGGAAUUCAGAAGCAUCAAGACCUACACGGGCCCCUUUGUUUAUUACGUCAAGUCCACAUUACUGGAAGAGGACAUCCGAGCCAUCCUGAAUUACAUGGGCUACGUGCCCGAGCUGGGGACUGCGUACAAGCUCAAAGAGCUGGUAGAGACCCUCCAAGUGAAGAUGGUCUCCUUUGAACUCUUUCUGGCCAAGGUGGAGUGUGAACAGAUGCUGGAAAUCCACUCCCAAGUCAAGGACAAAGGCUACUCUGAGCUGGACGUGGUGAGCGAGCGCAAGAGCAGCGCGGAGGACGUGCGAGGCUGCUCAGAUGCCCUACGGCGGCGGGCCGAGGGCCGGGAGCACCUGACGACCUCCAUGGCCCGCGUGGUGCUCCAGAAGUCGGCCAGCGAGCGGGCAGCCAAGGACUACUACAAGCCCCGUGUGACCAAGCCCUCAAGGUCGGUGGACACCUAUGACAAUUACUGGGAGAGCCGGAAGCCGCCCCUGAAGACCUCGUUGAGCCUGCGGAAGGAGCCUGUGGCAGCGGACGUGGGGGACGACCUCAAGGACGAGAUCAUCCGCCCGUCGCCCUCGCUCCUGACCAUGUCCAGCUCCCCCCACGGCAGCCCGGAUGACCUGCCAUCCUCCUCCCCCAACAAUGGCCUUGGCUUGCUGCGUGGCACGUACUUCUCCGCUCAGGAGGAUGUGGAUCUGUACACAGACUCGGAGCCCAGGGCCACGUACCGGAGGCAGGAUGCCCUGCGGCCAGAUGUCUGGCUGGUCCGAAGUGACGCCCACCCCAUCUACCACAAGCGCUCGCCCCCCGCCAAAGAGUCCGCCCUCUCCAAGUGCCAAAACUGCGGUCUGUCCUGCAGCUCCUCCCUCUGCCAGCGCUGCGACAGCCUGCUCGCCUGCUCCCCGGCCUCCAAGCCCGGCGGCUUCCCCAGCAAGGCCUCCGCCCACGACAGCCUGGCCCACGGGUCAUCUCUGCGGGAGAAGUACGCAGGCCAGACGCAGGGCCUCGACCGGCCGCCGCACCUCCACUCGAAAUCGAAGCCCUCCCCUGCAGCCACCUCCCGCUGUGGCUUCUGUGACCGCCCGGGGGCCGCCAACACCUGCACCCAGUGUUCGAAAGCCUCCUGUGACGCCUGCCUCAGCACCUACCAUUACGACCCCUGCUGCAAAAAGAGUGAGCUGCACAAGUUCAUGCCCAACAACCAGCUGAACUACAAGUCCGCCCCGUUCUCCCAUCUCGUGUACAGAUAGACUCGACCUUGCGCCUCCCUGCUACAAGGGCUACACCGCUGACCUUUCUGGUUUCAUGGGGAAGAAAUGUUAACGCGUUGAUCUCAGAAGCAGAGGCCUGCGCUUGACCACGUGGUUGGGGGGUGUGGAUCGUGUGUCCGGCUUCCCCACCUGGGAGUUCCCGUAUCGACUCAGAUAUGUCAUCUGAUGGUUGCUUUGCCACCUGGCAAGAGAGACGGGUGGCACUUGCAUUCAGAUUCAUUUUUGCUAAUCACUCCCUGGUCCAUUCUUUUGUUUUUGUCUCUCAAAGAGGAUUUUUCUGUCUCUGGGACUCUUGCCAUGCCGACUGCUCCCAUGGCAAAGCCAACUUGGACUGGGAAGGACCCUCCAGGUCCCCUCCAAACGCCCACCUGGAGUGGUGAGCUAGAGGCCUGUUGGCUUGUGAAAUGAGCCCUCCUGCCACACCGGGCCUCAUCCACUGGCUCAUCCCUCCACCACCCUUUCCCAAACACGAGGAUCCCCGGCGGCAGCCCCCCCACCCAACUUCCCUGCCUCUCCACGUAUCGAAGGUGACCCGAGUCCAGGAUUCGCAUAAUGUCAUCCUGUUGCCUUCACAGCUCAGUUCAGCCUUGGGGUUUGUGAAGUUGGCUCUAGCGCUCUGAAGGGUGGACCUUCCACACUGGGACUGACUUUUCCCCGCUUCCUGUUGUUUGCACAUGCCUCUCUUACUCUACUGUAAAUAGAUAUUUUGAGAUUUAUUUUUAAAUAAAUAUUCAACUUGCUGUGUGUUUCAAAGUGGUUAAAACAUUAACGAUGUAGCUAUUUAUAAAAAUGCCCCGGGUUCUUUAGUCUUCCAAGGGAGGGGCUCAUGCCCUUCCAUCUUGUAUCCUCCACUCGCCACAGCCCGAGGGUAGAGUGGAGAUUGUAGGGGCAGAGGAGGAACAGAGAUGAUGUCCCCUGAGUUGGUGGAGAGCCACUGUCUUCCCUACAAUAAAUUUCUAACACCUACCUCCAGUGUGCACUUAGGGGGGUUAGUCCGGGCCGAGAGGUCUGUGCGCCUGCAGACUGUGACAACCUAGUGACAAUUCAGGAACCUCACCCUGUGGAUCUCCAGCCUGGUCUUUGCCGCUUGCUGAGCGUGAACCUUGCACUCCAAACUUCUUGAGUCUCAAUUCAGAAGGAAAAUCGUUUGGGAUUCCCACCACCCCUCUAUCUCAGUCCUCUUCUCUUCACCUGUUUCCAGGAUUCCUCUGCAACAUUUGUGACCUUUUUGCACUAAAAGUGGGCAGGAGCCGGCGUGCGCCCAUCAGACAGAUGUGUCCUGAGAUUCUUAGCUGAGCCUCAGCGCUUCUAAACCCGAAGGCCUCUUAAACUCCUCAUGUGAAUUGCUGACCCCGGAUUUCCUUUUGGGGUGCAGAGCAGGAGUGGGGCAAGAAUUUGAAAAUAAAACUGCUUCCUUGUGAACUAACAGUAUACUUUAGCCAUAAGUGUUUGUGAUGUACAGAAUGUUGUAGGAAUUUACAUGCAGUGGGUAUUCUGAUAGAAGGAGGUAUUCAGCUCUUGAGCAAAUUUAAAUCUGGCUGAAUCCUGAGGCCACUGUGAAUUUGCUGAUGUUCUUCCAACUUAGUUGUGUGAUUUUAAGGUUUUCAAAAUCUAUGGCUCUUUUUCUAUAUAUCUAGUAGAUCACGUGUAGAUAUUCAAUGUGUAUAUAAAGCUGAAUUUCAACCAACUUUAUUACUAAGACCCACCCAUUCUGGGGCAUUCAUCUCUGAUGUUCUUCCUUUUCACGUUUCAGAAGUGUCUGUGCCUGUCCCAGUCCUGAGUUUUCUAGUUUUCCAUUUCCAGACUGCUCUAGCACUACAGUAACUCUUUUAACCAACCGUGAUGCCACGUAACUUACACAGCAGACAAAAAUAGGAAUAACUAACUUGUCCUGGAAGAGAAAGGCCAGUGUGUGUAUCAUCACGGAAAUACUGUGUUCGUGGACUGGAAUAGGAAAUGCUAUGACCAUGCUCCUCCUCGUUGUGUAUCUUAUUGUAUGAGGUUGCUGUGACUGAGAUAAAUACACGCUAAUUUAAAAAAGCAGAUGUUUUGCAUUUGAUUUCUACCAAGAGUUGAAAUGUUGAGAGAUGAUUU